AUUGCAGGUCUUCUGUCUACUUUGGAGAUUAUGGAAAAACAGGUGCAUGGUUUUUUUUGAAAAUAAGCAGAUGCAGGUAGACACGCUUGCAGCGCAAUGGCGACAUCAAGUCUCCGAAUCUGAUUCAACGCUACUGCAAAAUUCAAUCCCGCCUUCUCUUCAUGCCUUGCCGACUUCUUCGAUGUCAGCUUCCUCUGAGGGGUACGACUAUGUGGUUAGUUUUGAUGGAGCAACUCGAGAAGGAAAAUUGGGUACAGCGGCAUUUGUGGUAAAGGAUUCGGGAGGUUCAAUUUUGGAGGCUCAGAUCCUUGGCUUCGGUUAUGUGUUGUGGGGAUGCAAAACUAAUUAUUGACAAGUGCAAUGAUCGGCUGCUGAUGGAUGGAAAGAUUGGCGCGAUACUUAAGGAAAUUCGUAUAAUCCUGGAUGCUAUGGAGGGUUCUACUCUUCAGUUUGUUGGUCGUUCUAAUAACAGGGAAGCUCAUUAUGUGGCUCGUCAUGCCCUGAUUUUGUCACCCAG